AUGUCAGAAUCAGGUGAUAUUGGUUAUAAUCGGCAGGAAUUAGUUUGUUUUGUUGCCAAACACGGCUUUGGACGAGUGAUAAUGGCCGCUUUGUUAAUUAUAAGUUAUGUUUGGAGUUGUUGUGAAACAAAUCGAUGUAAUCAAAUCCCCUAUUUUGCUUAUGCCGGUAUUAGUUUAUUAGCACUUGAAUGGAUCAAUCCAGGUCUAGUCAUAUUUAUUAUGUUUCUAAUGCCACCAUUAUGGUUUCUCCGUUUAAAAAUGUUUCACGGAGCUUCGGAGUCCGGACACAACGUUGUCACUGCUCGUCAAGUGAGCACAAAUCUUGAAACCUAUAUAGGUGAAUGUUGGUCAAUUGAAUCAAAAAGAUAUUGGGAUAAACUGACUAUCAAUGUUACACAAGCGAAGGUGGCGAAGAACCUUUACGAUGAAAAAGUGAACUGUACGGAAUAUUUUGAAACAAGAACUUUCCACAAUGACAUGUGUCAAUGGCUUGAUUGUGUAUUUGACGAUAGACGAAUAUCACCCGAGUUUCUUGAGCAAGCACUUGUCUUAGCUGUUAUUCUUCUUCGAUGGUUGUUAACAGUACAUUUGGGUCUCGAUCAAUUAUUGACGUAUUUUGUUUCCACAGCUAGUGAUAUCGUUGAUUUUGCUAAUACAAUGGUUGCAUUAAGUAACAGAUUGAUAGAAGAUGAUAGUUUUGAUUCAUUAAAUGCGAUUAUCGGUAGUUUAUCACAGUUUACGGUAAAUUUAUCCGGUAAACGAAAACAUGAUCAUGUACACGAUCUCAUUCUGUGGAAGCGAGCCUCAAGCAAACAACGAAUGUCAAUAUUAGCCGAUUAUCUUUUUGGUACAGAAAUUUGGGGCAUUAUUGCACAAAUGACUACCGAAGAUGGUCUUCUCUUGGUUCUGAGAAUAUAUGCAGUGGUGAAAUUUGAUGCUGGAACAUUGGAUAAUUUAUUUUUUGUUGUUAAAAAUAUUUUAACAUUGGCCAUUUUCACGUAUUAUGCCGCCGCAAUUACUGAUUCAUAUGUGAGACAUCGCCAUAGACGUCAACGAGCAGUAUUCGCUGUCAUGAGAAGAGGAAAAGAUCGAGACGUCGUACCACAAGGAGUACUGCCAGAUAUGGAACGAAAAUUGUUUUCAAGAAAUAAACGAUAG